CACCGUGACGGACGAUACUCCACAAGACAAGCAAGAGAGAGAUAGAGAGACAAAGAAAAAGAGAUAGAGCGAAAACUAGAUAAUUGCCUACCCAGUCCUUCUAAAAUGUCAUCGCACUGAAUGAUGGGCUGUGGUUCGUCCAUGGAGACGACGGCGCCACCAAAUUCUAGUGGUUUGCAACAACAACAAAAUGGCCCAACCAAAGUAAAGAACAUUGUACAGCAAUAUGUCCGGUUGGAUGAACAGAUUAGCAAACUGGAGGGCACGUGUCCUGGUCCACGAAUGGCCACAGCUGAGGCAUGGAUUGAACAUUUGCAGGCCAAACGGGAUGACAUGUUGGGACUGGACGGAGCUUUGCCGUCAGAGCAGACUCAACUCUUGGAGGACGACCCUCUGAGAGUUCAAGCUGGUGAAGGAGGGCCAAGAGGAAAUGAAAUUGUGGCAAAUACGCCCACAAGGGACUUGGCUCAGUUGGCGUACAAUUUGGGCAUCAUUGGUGAUGCACGUAAGGCUUCCAUGCAUGAAGAUUUCUUUGCCAAUCUGAGUGAAUCAGCACUAUAUUUGCUCAGCAUACGAUAUUAUAGUGAACUAUUAGAGCACACCAAGCAGCGUCUGAAGACUCUGAUGGAAAGUUAUGCCGAACUCAAUGAGCUUUAUGUGGAUCAGGACGGCAUUAUAGCGUAUAUAAGCGGUGGAACGUACAUGACACGACUGGAGGAGAGCAUUGAUGCCCAGUUGGAAACGGCAAGGGAUACCCGCGAUAAGCUGGGCAGUGCCCUGGAGCAAUGGCGUAUUUGUGGUCUACUUCUGAGAGCGGCAGCCAAUUCCUCAACGCAGGCAUUAAAACAAUGGCAACAAUUGGCCAGAGUAAUUGAUCCUAAGCAGAAACUUCAAUAUGCCUUAGACUGUAGGAGUUUAUUACAUGCCUCCAUGAUCUCUUUGGAGGCAGCUCAAUUGGCCUUGCCGCAUGUGGAGCUUAAGUAUAUGAGUCAUCGUCAAGUGCUGGCGGUUAAGCAUUGUAACGUUUAUCUUAUAACCGAUAUAGCGAAUAAACAAAGAUAUGAGCACACAAGUCGCGUUUUUACAAGCUACGAGGCGAACAUGUCCAAAACCUGCACCUGGCUCUAUGAGACCUUCAAUAAAACCCUGCGCCAGGACUUUGACAAAGCUGAGGUAACUGUCAGUCGCUUGGCCAAAACUCUAAGGCAACAUCGCGAGGAGAUAUUUGGUGCAGUGGACAAAUGAAUAACAUUUGUUUAGAGAAUUUGUUAUAUUUUUUUAAUAUUAAAU